AUGUCACGAGUAGGAAACACGAAACAUCUGGAUGUUUUGCUUAAGGAAUUGGGUUCGAAGAGCAACCCUCUUAUCAAGCUGAUUAAAGAGGGUGGUGCUGCGUCGGCUCCCGAGCACAAGGUCGAGAACACGACUGGCUACAAGCAAACUGUCAACCCUGAGAAAAAGGCACAGUCCAGCAAGGUCGAGCAAAUUUUAGAAAGCUCUGGUUUCAUUCCCAAGGAGACACUUGCGAACGAAAUUACAUGGUUUUACGAGAAGCUCGGCAUUGACGAUACUUACUUUUCUUCCGAGACUGCAGAGACGAUCGCAAGUCACAUACUUUCUCUGUACGGUGCCAAGAUCUCUGAAUUUAACAGGAAAACUGAUCAGCUUCGCAUCGAUUUGCAGCGCAAAUCGGCGGACAGUGCAGUUUUUAUUCACUCGAGCUUUGCUGGUCGUCCCAAUGCACGUGGCCCUCAGUGGGAGCGCAUUGUGGACGUGGAGUAUUUGAACAAUGCGACUGUGGACAAUGCUCACCGUCUUGAGACAUACCGCUCCACCGGUCCGAACCCCACGGACGAGCCGGAAAAGUUGCGCGUGUACUUUUUGCACCACUGCGAGUUUCCCCAGCCAAUUCCCGCGCCUGAUUCGCCGGAAUUUAAAGAUAUCCGCGCCGUGUCUGACAGGACGUUUUUGGCCAAGGCCAGCGAGGAGACGCUCAACAUUUACCAGGGAAUUAUGAACCAGUGUCUUAAUCGCAAAGGUCCCGUGGUGCAGUCGUUUGAGGUGUCGGGCACCAAGGAGUGCCGCAUCGUCAUUGGGUACUGCAUUGGCUCUACUUCCAACUUUUUCAGCGCACUUUCCGAUCUUUACCACUACUAUGGCCUCUUUUCUUCGCGCAAAUAUGUCGAAUUCUUUAGCAAUGGCGUUUGCAUUAUGAACAUUCACCUGAACCCUCUUCCCAACACGGACGCACCUCCGAUUGAACAGAGCGUGUACCAAAUUGCGAGGGAGGUGUCGCUCAUCUAUGUUCUUCCCGACAACCCUUUUCUUGGCGGCAAUGGGUCUUCGCAGAACUAUGCCGUGCAGGAGGCUGCGUACGCCUACUGCGGUUGGAUCUUUGCGCAGCACUUUUGCGACCGCUUGGGCCCUGUAUUUGAGAAUUUGCGCAAUGUGCUUAACAGUGCUGUGCCCGAGGAAGGCGCUGUGCUCAAUGACAUUAAGCUGCGUUUCCGCCAAGAGACCUUUACGCGCCAGUUCAUUUUUGACGUGAUUCAAACCUUCCCCAACAUUGUCCGCCUCUUGUACCUCCGCUUUGCGUUGGUGCACUACCCGGUGGGCGACAAGGCUGACAACUUGCGUACCCGUCGUGACGAGAUCCUCUCUGCAGACGAUCUGAAGAACUACAUUUUAAAGUCGGCUAGCACGUCGUACCAACGCCUUGUCCUGCUCACUUUGGUGCAGUUUAACGAGGUUAUUCUGAAGACCAACUUUUUCACGCCCACCAAGUGUGCGUUGAGCUUCCGUCUGGACCCAAGCUUUUUGCCCGUGUCCGAGUACCCCAUCAAACCCUAUGGUGUCUUUAUGGUUGUUGGCAACGACUUCCAUGGUUUCCAUGUGCGCAAUGCAGACACUGCCCGCGGUGGUAUUCGUAUCGUGCGCAGCAGGAACAAGGAAAACUACCUUAUUAAUCAGCGCACCCUCUUUAACGAGAACUACAACUUGGCGCGCACGCAACAUCUCAAAAACAAGGAUAUUCCCGAGGGCGGCUCCAAAGGUACCAUUUUGCCCAACAUUGGCGCCAACUUCCGCUCGUGCUUUGAAAAGUAUGUCGACUCGCUCAUCGACCUGCUCCUUCCAGGCGUCACGCCCGGCAUCAAGGAGCCCAUUGUCGACCUCUUUGGCAAGCCCGAGAUUCUCUUCCUCGGCCCCGACGAGAACACGGCCGACUUUAUGGACUGGGGUGCGGAGCACGCUCGCUCCCGCGGCGCGCCGUGGUGGAAGUCGUUUACCACAGGCAAGCCUGCGGCCACGCUUGGUGGUAUUCCGCAUGACAAGUACGGCAUGACGACUCUUUCUGUUCGUGAGUACAUUGAAGGUAUUAUUCGCAAGCUCGGCCUCAAAGAGGAGGAGGUUACCAAGGUGCAGACCGGUGGUCCCGCCGGCGAUCUUGGCUCGAACGAAAUUCUUUUGUCCAAGGACAAGACAAUUGCCAUGGUCGAUGGCUCUGGUGUUGUAUACGACCCUGCGGGUCUUAACCGCGAUGAGCUGCACCGUCUCGCGACCGAGCGUUUGCGUGUAAUGAACUUUGACCCCUCAAAGCUUACCAAGGACGGCUACCGUGUGCUUGUUGAAGAGCGCGAUGUGAAGCUGCCCUCUGGCGAAAUUGUAUCGGACGGCAUUGCCUUCCGAGACAAUGCACACUUUAGGUUUGAGGCCGACUUUUUCGUGCCCUGCGGCGGUCGCCCUGAGGCUGUCAACAUUGCAAACGUGGCCGACUUGGUGAACGAGGACAAAAGCCCCAAGUACAAGUACAUUGUGGAAGGCGCAAACCUUUUUAUUACCAAGGAGGCGCGUCUUGAGCUGGAAAAGCAUGGCGUAAUCUUGUACCCCGACGCGAGUGCGAACAAGGGUGGUGUAACGUCGAGCAGCAAGGAAGUUUUGGCCGGCCUCUCGUUUGAAGACGAGGAGUUUAUUGCCAACAUGCUCUACCACGACGGCAAGCCUACCGACUUUUACAAUGCCUACGUCCAAGACAUUAUGGCCAUUGUCCGCCGCAAUGCGCGCGACGAAUUUGAGGCUAUCUGGAAGGAGGCGAAUAAGACGGGCAAGUACAGCUCGGUAAUCUCUGGCGAGCUCUCCAUGUCUGCCACUCAACUUUCGGACGAGAUCGCCGCUACCAACCUGUUUGACCGCGAUCACUUGCGCAAGCUUGUGCUCCAAGAUGUGUUCCCCAAAACGCUCUUGGACAAGGUUGGCAUGGACGUGCUCGUGGACCGUGUUCCUCGUUCCUAUUUGCGCAGCGCUUUUGCCGCGCAGCUCUCUGCCAACUUUACCUACGCCAUGGGCCCGCUCGCCUCUCGCGUCGACUUUUUCAAUUACAUUGAGGAGCUUUUUAACAAGCCGUUGUAA